GAAACGCCUGCACUCCCAAAAUUUCUUUUUGUUACAAACUAAGUAAGAAUUAGUCUUAUUUAAAUAGUAUUUUUUAAAGUUGAAUAUCUCGAGAAAAUUAAAGUAAUCAUUUGAACAAUCAACCGAACGCGCGUUUCAGCAAAAGGCGGGUACCAUGGACAUCGAGCUGAGUCUGGACGAGAUCAUAGAGCGGAAGCGCGGACAUGGCGGCCGCCCCAUUGACAAGAAAUUCAAUGCCAACUACACCAAGCCGCGCCGGCUGCUCAACAAGCCCGCCUUCAAGCCCUCCGGAAGCGGAGGCAGAGGAGUAGGUGGCUCCCAGUCGGAUCCGCCCGCACAGCGCUCCUUCGACGCCCGCAACAAGAUCAUCCAGAAGACACGUGCCAAGAUUGCCGACGCCCGGGAUCUGCUCAACCAGAGCAUGCGCGACUCGGGCAUCGAUGCCCGCCAGUUGCUGCUGAAGCGGAAGAAGGAUCGUCCGCUGGGCCCCACAACCAGUGCCUCCGGAGAGCCACUGCUCACGUCGCGCCAUGCCCACGGUUCGGUGCACAUGGGCCACUUUGGACAGCGCACCAUCACCAUGUCGAAUCGCCCGGGCGGCACUAUUGAAACGGAGUGGGACUCGGACGAGGAGCUCGUGGGUCUAGGUGGUCCCAAGCCAACGGGACUGCGUCGCCAAUACACCAAUUCAAGGCCCAACCAGCCGGGCAAACCAUUUGCACCACGUGGCUAUGUUGACCAUGACAAUAUGCAGGACCUCGAGGAUGAGGAGAUCACGCGCACACUGCACUUUGGCAACUUCACCAGCCAGCAGCCGCCGCCGCCGCGCUACACCUUCGGUGGCUUCGACCUGAACCGCGACGACGACGUGGAGAUGUCCACGGCUCCGCUGAAGAACAACAUAGCCAGCGAUCCGUUUGCCAUCUACGAGGUGGCCCGCAAUCGCAUCGAGCGUCCAUCGCUGCCCACCCCGCUGGUGGUUGGGCGCACGGACACCAGCGAGAAGCUCUUCGAGCGCCGGCAGCGCAACAUAGUGAACACCACCAAUCUGCCGGAAUCGCUGCGUGCCCGUCUGUUUGGCGGUGAGCCGGAUCGUCGCGUUUCCCAUGGGAUCUAUGCCAACGAGAACAGGGGAGGAGGACAGGCCUUCGGCUCUGGCGGUGCUCUGGCUGGCGUUGGAGGUGGCGGAGGUGGUGGUGUUGGUGGUGUUGGUGCUGUUGGUGCUGGCGGUGGUGUAGCUCACUCGAUGGCCCACCCGAUGACCAUGCGCCGUUCGCCGCCCACUCUGCCGCUAGGGGCGUCGAACAGCAAGGCCGGCUAUCGGCUGUUGGUGAGCAACCUGCACGCCAACGUGACCACUGCUGACAUUCGCGAGCUCUUCAGCGACAUCGGACCGAUGUACGAUGCCCAUGUGGUGCGCCCCGGCACCGCCGAGGUCAUUUACAAGUCCCUCGAACACGCGGAGAUGGCCGUGGAUGCGUAUCACCAUCGCGAGUUCGAUGACCAGCCGAUGCACUGUGUGCUGGUCAAUCCGCACUCCUCCCACCGCUCGGCGCACUCCGCCAGCUCUCGCACCGUGACCACCAAUUCGUCCGGUGUGGAGGUGGACAUCGAUGCGCUCCAUUCGGUGCUCUUCAGGGAUCGCUAGGAGGCGCCAGGAAACUAGGAAAUUUUCCAGCUACCGUAGACACCGUGUUUUCUACACAUCCUAAUCUAUGUUCGUCAUCUCUUUAGUAUUAAGCUCAACAAUUUACACUUUGGGCGCGCUUUUGUUCCCUAGAACUCAA